ACCAACUAAUUGAAAUUGAAAAAAAGGUAAAAAAACCUCUCUCUAUUCAAAUUUUAAAUCCUCUUCACAAUCAACACCAUGGCCAAGAACAACUCCCUUUCAAUUUCUACUCCAGGAUCCUCCGCCUUAGGCUCCAUGGACGAAAUCAUCCGAGUCUUCAACAAAUUCGACAAGAACGGCGACGGCAAGAUUUCCGUCACAGAACUCGCCGCUGCUCUCGGUGAACUCAGCGGCAACAUCUCCACCGACGAGAUCCACCGCAUUAUGUCCGAGAUCGAUAAGGACGGUGACGGUUUCAUCGACCUCGAUGAGUUCACCGACUUCACCUCCUCUUCCACUGGAGGAAACAAAGAUCUGCAGGACGCUUUCGAUCUCUACGAUAUUGAUAAGAACGGCUUAAUCUCUGCCAAGGAGUUGCACUCUGUUCUCAAACGCCUUGGUGAAAAAUGUAGCCUCAAAGAUUGUUGCCGGAUGAUCAGUUCUGUUGAUGUUGACGGUGAUGGACAUGUAAAUUUCGAGGAAUUCAAGAAGAUGAUGACGAGAUCUUAGUGUUCUUCGCCAGUAGAGAGGUAGUUUCACAAAUUUAAUCAAAUUUAGGCUUUAGAAUUUCGAGACCAAAAUCGAGUAUUAUCGGUUCAUUCUUAGUGUGUACAGUCCAUGAAUCUAUCCUUUCUUUCACGGUUUGUAACCGAUUUAGGGCACCAAACGCCUCUACAAUGAAUUUCUCCUUUGAUUUUAGAUCUUAAUCGGAGAUCGGAAAAGGAAAAAAAAAGAACAAACAGAUUAUAAGUUCAUAUCAUCUCUCUCUAAUUGAUUCUGAUUUUCUCUUUCUGAAACGGACGGAAGAAUCCGAAGUUGGAGGAAGUAAAUUUUGUUGAAUAUUUGAUUGGUUGAUGUUAUAGUUAUUGAAGCAA